UUUUGUAACUGGAUACCACAGAGCAGUCGUGUUUUCUCCUGCGCUGUUCCCUGAAAUAUCCCCGAGCUAAACACGCACAUUGGAACGCCCUCGAACCACAUACCUCAUUUUGAUGUAACUUUCUUUCCCGUCUGGAGACCGAAAAACUGUGGAGCGAAUACUUUUUUUUUUUGUCAAGAUGAAGUUUUGCUUGCUACCCGCUGUACUUCUCCUGGUGACUGGGGCAUUGACGCAGGACGGAUUUGACCUGUUUGAUGCGCUCGAUGACGUAGACCCAACACCACCAAAACCAAAAGAGCAACCAAAAUCCCCAGACAAUACUAAUCUUGAUGAUGGUCUGGACCUUCUUGAUGCCUUCGGACCAGAUGAACCAGAACCUGAGAAACCUAAGAACCCAAAGAAUACUGGAGAUUCUGAUGGCUUUGGAUUUGAUCUCAGCGACGCUCUUAAACCAGACCCAAAUGCCAAACCUGACACACCUGUAGUCAACCCACCAAAGCAUGGUGGAGGGGGUGGUAACCUUGAUGACAAUGACUUAUUUGACCUAAGUGAUGGUGGAAACUACAACCCUGAUGACGGCCGUUCCGGAGAUUCUAACUAUAACAAUGCAGGUGGUGCUGAUCAGCCUCAAGAGGCCGGUUCCGGAAAAAUCGCGGGAAUCGUCAGCGCUAUCGGGGUGGCGCUUUUAGGAGCGGCAUCCAGUUACUUUGCUUACCAGAAGAAAAAACUGUGUUUCAAGAUACAGGGAGGCGCUGACCCAGAAAGUGGUAAAUCACAUCCUACGCAGUCUAACCCUCAAGUUUACAGCAACUUGCUCAGGACUAACUAAGAACAAGCUUCGUUGACGGAACGACGACUAAAGUGUCCGUGUUUUUUUGUACCAUAGUAUCGUCUCUCAUAUUUCUGCUGCUUGAUGUUUGGCUUUUUUAUCUUGGCGGAUACAUUUUAGCAGCUUUAUAAUGUAAUGGUAACACUUUUGCAAGGACACCUUAAGCUGUCAUUUCAGAAGACCGUGUUGUACUUUUUUUGUUAUUGUCCGAAUGUCAUGUGUCAUAAAAAUGUUUUGUGUAUGAAGUUUUUUUUUUUUUUAAUAAAUAAUAGAAGUAUUGAAAAGCAGGGGCGGAGCCAGAACCUUUUCAGUGGUGUGGGCCGGGGUGCCCACAACCACUCAAAGGUCCUUUGAAUAAUGAAUCACAGUUGCACAAUGUGAAGACAUCGCAAAUUAUUGCCCAGUUAGGGUUUCAUUAAAUAAAAUGCAUAUUUAUCCACCUUGUCCAACACACUAAUAAUACUACCAGGAAAAGAAAAAAAAAGAGUAAAAAGCAACAUUUUGCGCAAUUAAAUUGACCAGUUUCCUUGCUUUUCACAUUGUACUUCGAUUUCAUGCACUGAUUUUCUAGCUAAUUCUUCUGUCAUUGGUUGUGCGUUAAGUGCAAAAGGUAGUAAACUUGAUUAAUGCAUGCUACAAGUUUAAAAUAUUUCACUCUUGUGAAUGAUAUCUUGCAUCCAGUUCUAUAGUAACAAUACUUUUGGUUUUAGAUAGACGGUCAGUCUAAAUAAAUGGUAGAGUAUCCAAAUGCCUCAGUGUAAUGUGAUGAAAUGGAUGUACAGAAGAAAUAAUUAUACGCUCCAAAGAAUCACUUUUGCGCGUGGUCACCAUCGGGCCCAUCACGUAGCUCCGCCCCUGUUCUUGGUGCAGGUUUUUUUUUUUUUUUUUACGUGACUGGUUACUCACGUAGGAAUGAAAAACAAUUGUAUUUUGUUGUUACAGUGCUAUCAUAUUGGAGUGCAUCGACGUUUGAAUUUGCUGGUUGUUGUUCAGAUGUUUUGGGGAUUUUGAGAGGGGGGAGAUUCAUCACAAGCUCAGUCAUGGAACUAAUUAAACUCAUACGUCGGGGUGCUACUGUAUUUUCAUGUGUGAAUGUAAUUUGUUUGUACGUGUUUGGAAUUAAAAGUGGAGAGAGAGA